AAGAGCUGAGUUUAGCUGCUGUCUGUCAGAUACUUGUUAGUCAUUUCAGGAGCGUGAUCAGAUUUAUUUGGAUCACACGUAAGAAGGCAAGGGAGAUGAAAGCAGAAAUAAGAGCUGUUGUUCUGGGGUGGCAGAAAUCUGACAAAGCCUCAGUGAUAAACAGCAUUUUAGGUGAAGUUGAGCCUGUCAAACACUUUGUGAAGUCUGUGAAGAGAGAGGGUGAAGUGAAUGGAAGGAAGAUAACUCUGAUCAACACUGCAUGUUGGUGGGAGAAACUUUUUUUGCAAGACUCACCAGAGGUGGUUAAACAGGAAGUGGUUUGCAGUGUCUUCCUGUCUGAAACAGGGCCUCACGUCUUUCUCAUAGUCAUUAAUCUCAGUUUGCCUUUUACUGAAGAAAACAGACUCAGCACUGAAGAACACCUUGGUCUCUUUGGUGAGAGAGUCUGGAAACACACAAUAGUGAUCUUUACAGGAGCUGUUUCACUAGAGGACAAAUCCAUUGAGAAGCACAUAGAGAUUCAAGAAGAUCUGCAGCAGAUCCUACAGAGAUGUGGAAAACGAUACCAUGCGUUCGAUUUCAAAAACAAAAGUGAUGCAGUCAAAGAGCUACUUGUCAAAAUUGAUGAUAUUGUGGCAGCAAACAAUGGCAAGCAUUUUGAAACACAAGAUGACACGCUGCUUGACAUUCAGAGAAAGAGGGAUGAGAAUGAAAGAAGAGCAAAAGUCAGACAAAAAAGGUUGCAGGACAAAAGAAACCUGCUGACAGAAAUAAACGCUGUGGCUCCGCUCUCAGAACUGAGGAUUGUUCUGCUGGGUUGGAUUUUGUCUGGGAAGAGUUCAACCGGAAACACCAUCUUCAAUGAUGAAAUAUUUCCUAAAAGCAAACAGAAGUGUACAUUUGUAAAUGGCAGGACAAUAACUGUGUUAGACACUCCAGGCUGGUGGAAGUAUUUCUCUUCUAAAUUUAACCCAGAGUUUGCACGAGCUGGAAUCCUGGAGAGUGUAGACCAAUCACAACAAAUGCAGUUCCCUCACGCCAUAAUCCUUGUGAUUCCUAUUGAUAAUUCAUUCAAGAAUGAACUGAAAAGAGUCAUUACAGAGUACAUGGCCACUCUUGGAGAAGACGUCUGGAGACACACCAUAGUUCUGUUCACAUGGGGCGACAGAUUCCCAGACAUCUCAGUCGAGCAGCACAUUGAGAGUGAGGGUGAAGCUCUUCAGUGGCUUGUUGAGAAAUGCAGGAACAGAUAUCACGUCUUUGACAACUCAAACAAGAAAAACCGAGAUCAAGUCACAGAGUUGUUCCAGAAGAUUGAUGAGAUGGUGGCAGAAAACAGUCUGUUCUGCUUCAAACCUCAGUGUGCCGAAGAAGAAAACAUUCAUGAUACUGAUAUACAACAAGAUGAAGAAAUAAAUCUGGACGAGGACCAUGUGCUGCAGUUACUACAGCAGGAGUUUAACAACAGGAUAAAUGGGAUCAAAAGUAAAAUAAAGAAUUUAACUCCAUGUGAAAAGUCAAAGGCCCAAAGUCACAGAAGCAUGUCAGACCCUCCAGUCUUCUCAGCUGAUGACGAUCUCAAGGAGAAGAUACGGAGAGAAGGAAGCAGAUUUGAAGUAAUUUUAAUGGAUGCACUCUUAGACAUUCAGAAUAAAGCAUCGUCUGGGGAGAAGGUGUCGGAGUGGCUUCAAAGAUGUGAUGAAUACUUAUUUGGAUGUGGAUCAAGCUCCAUCAUCAGUAGUCUAGAAGAUCCAGAGCCCAGAGACAUAAAAAGACGUAAAGAACAGUUUGCAGAAUGAAACACUCUUCAAACAUGUUUAUACACAUGCAGUUUAUAGCAAAUACAAACUAGCUAUUUGUUUUGAAUGCAUUUAAUAAUUAUGUGAGGAAUAUGUUAAUAUUUCUAUUGAAUAAUUUUGUAAGAUAUCUAAAAACUAUCACUUUAUAUUAUAAUUUCAUGAAAAUUAUGAGUAACUUGAAUGAAUGAACAGUCUUUUGAUUAGUUUCAGUUUAGUUUUUAUGGACUUUUAGUUUGUUUGUUCUAUUUUCCUGAGUAUUAUUUUCAGUUUCCUUUGUUCCUGUUACCAGUUUAUUUCAUAAUAUAAUUGUGUAUACAAUACAUCAUUGCAUGAUUAUGUGUAGAAGAACUUUGUCCUGAGGCUCUGGAUUACAGGUAAUGUUGUAAAUAAUGUUCAGUUUCUUGCACGGAAUAAAUAGGAAAAAGACUGAUGCAGAAGUUUAAAGUUUCCAGAAAAGAUUAGUGAAAAGAUUUUAAGAGUUACAAAAUGGAGAUGACAGUGAUCAAUAUGAUUAGUAUGCUUAGUAAAAUAAAGAAUAAAGAGGAGUUCGCACAUCA